UUUUUCCACUACUCCCAAGGGCAAGUAUACCUGGGGAAUUAUCCACCAUUUAAGAACAGAAUCAGCUGGGCUGGAGACCUUGACAAGAAAGAUGCAUCAAUCAACAUAGAAAAUAUGCAAUUUAUACACAAUGGCACCUAUAUCUGUGAUGUCAAAAACCCUCCUGACAUUGUUGUCCAGCCUGGGCACAUUAGGCUCUAUGUCAUAGAAAAAGAGAGUUUGCCUGUGUUUCCAGUUGGGGCGGUGGUAGGUAUAGUCAUUGCUGUGGUGCUGGGUCUCACUCUGCUCAUCAGCAUGAUUCUGGCCAUCGUCCAUAGAAAGAAAAACUCAAAACGGGAUUACACUGGUUGGGUAACUAUAAAGCCCUAAUCAAGAAGUUAAUUCAAGAAGAAUAAACUACCCCCACCUCCAGCCCAACGUGAUGAUGUGACAAUGCAGGGCUUUUCCUUUUUAUAGUUCCCUCACCACCCGCCCACCCCCCCAAGAAUAAGCAGUCUUGUUGCUUUGAUUAUUCUUUUGGAUUCACCCAAACUGGGAUAUUAACAGUUGACAAUAAAAUAUACCAGCAAUAAAGAAAA